GCACGAUAAAAAGGGCCAUUUCUAGGGUUUAUAUCCUCUUCCCCUCACUUCACAGUUCACACAAACCCUAGAAACAAAGCUUGGAAAAUCUGCCGUCUGCAAUAAUGGCGAAACCCAGGAAAACCAGUAGAAACCCAGAUCUUGUUAGGGGAAUUGGCAAAUAUAGCCGAUCCAAGAUGUACCACAAAAGGGGUCUCUGGGCAAUUAAAGCCAAAAACGGCGGCGUUUUCCCCACUCACCCACCAAAGGCUGUUGAUGCUGCUCCCGUUGAGAAGCCUGCGAAGUUUUACCCUGCGGAUGAUGUCAAGAAGCCAUUGAUUAACAAGCGCAAACCAAAACCCACCAAGCUCAGGGCAAGCAUUACACCGGGAACAGUGUUGAUUCUGUUGGCUGGGAGAUUCAUGGGAAAGCGUGUUGUUUUCUUGAAGCAGCUUUCUUCUGGAUUGCUUCUAAUUACUGGUCCCUUUAAGAUCAAUGGUGUCCCUCUCAGACGUGUCAACCAAGCAUAUGUUAUUGCUACCUCUACAAAGGUUGAUGUUGCUGGAGUCGAUGUAUCAAACAUCGACGACAAAUUCUUUGCCAAACAAGUUGAGCAAAAGAAAAAGAAGGGUGAAGGAGAGUUCUUUGAGGCCGAGAAAGAGGAGAAGAAGGAACUUCCAUCGGAGAAGAAAGAGUCACAGAAGGCUGUUGAUGCUCCAUUGACGAAGAACAUUGAAGCUGUUCCUGACUUGAAGGCCUAUUUGGGUUCAAGGUUUUCAUUGAAGUCAGGCAUGAAACCCCAUGAGCUUGUCUUUUAGAAGAGUUAUUUAGAAAGUGAACUAUUUAUCAGUUAUUGCACCUUGUUAUUGAAGCCUUUUGUGUUUAUCGAUUUUGUUUGUUAUCAUGAUACGCGUAUCCAAGAAUUUUUAUAUUAUAUCACUCUUAUGUUAUCCUUCA